AUGGUUAUUGGAUUAAGAUUGAAGAAAAAACUAGAACUUGAUAUUUCAUCAUCAUCAUCAUCAUCAUCAUCAUCAUCAUCAUCAUCAUCAUCAUCAUCAUCAUCAUCAUCAUCAUCAUCAUCAUCAUCAUCAUCAUCAUCAUCAUCAUCAUCAUCAUCAUCAUCAUCAUCAUCAUCAUCAUCAUCAUCAUCAUCAUCAUCAUCAUCAUCAUCAUCAUCAUCAUCAUCAUCAUCAUCAUCAUCAUCAUCAUCAUCAUCAUCAUCAUCAUCAUCAUCAUCAUCAUCAUCAUCAUCAUCAUCAUCAUCAUCAUCAUCAUCAUCAUCAUCAUCAUCAUCAUCAUCAUCAUCAUCAUCAUCAUCAUCAUCAUCAUCAUCAUCAUCAUCAUCAUCAUCAUCAUCAUCAUCAUCAUCAUCAUCAUCAUCAUCAUCAUCAUCAUCAUCAUCAUCAUCAUCAUCAUCAUCAUCAUCAUCAUCAUCAUCAUCAUCAUCAUCAUCAUCAUCAUCAUCAUCAUCAUCAUCAUCAUCAUCAUCAUCAUCAUCAUCAUCAUCAUCAUCAUCAUCAUCAUCAUCAUCAUCAUCAUCAUCAUCAUCAUCAUCAUCAUAUUUUCUGAUAAGAUCUGAAGCAUAA